AUUCCAUUGACUUUGACAGUUGAGUACUGCAAUGAGCUUAAGAACUCAGAUCUCCCAAGUAAUAGGGUUGCUUACUUUUCUUACAUCCAAGCUCUAGACUACGUACCUUGACCGUUUGAAGUCCUUUCUUCACCUUCUUCUGCGCUACAUUAAGCUCCUGUACUUGCUUUUAGAAUUCAAACCCCCAACUCCAAUGGCUUUGGCAAUUUCUUUAGCUUUCCUCCUCUUCUUUCACAUUUGUUCUCUUUCUCAAGGAGAAAACUUCUUGUUCAAUGGCUUCAAUGGAAGUGAUGGGAAUCUGGAACUUGUAGGAGCUUCCAUAGUCAAACCCUCUGGUAUGAUCAGACUCACUAACAAAACACGUGGUGUUAUAGGCCAUGCAUUCUAUAAGAAACCCAUAACCAUGUAUGAAAAGAAUUCCUCUUCAUUCCCAAAUGCUUCUUCUUUCAGUACAGAGAUUGUUUUUGCCAUAGUCUCCCCAAGCUCCGGCAGCGGUGGCUUUGGCCUAGCCUUCACAUUAUCUCCCUCUCCGAGUUUCCCCGGGGCUGAAGCUAACCAUUAUUUCGGAAUUUUCAACUCUUCAAACGAUAACAAAUCCUCUAACCAUAUCCUUGCUGUAGAAUUCGACACGGUCAAUGGUUACAACGAGAGCAGGAAUUCAGAUGGAAACCAUGUUGGUAUUGACAUCAACAGCGUCUACUCUGUGGCAUCUGAACCAGCUGCUUACUACACCACAGGAUCACACAAAGAAGAAGUGAAGAUGGAGAGUGGUGAUCUUAUACAUGCUUGGAUAGACUAUGAUGGCAAAGCUCAACUUUUGAAUGUGACAGUAUCUCCCAUAAAUAAGGGGAAACCAACCAAACCCCUAUUGUCCUAUGGUAUCGAUCUAUCUUCUGUUCUUCAAGAGACUAUGUAUGCCGGGUUUUCGGCAUCCACAGGAGAUAACCAGUCGAGCUCUCAUUACAUAAUCGCAUGGAGUUUUGCAGUGAAUGGAAUUGCAAGGAGUCUCAAUACUGAUCUUCCUAUCCCACCAAAAGAGAAAAGUUCAUCAUCCUCCUACAGUCCCCCAGUCAAGGCUCUUAUUGUGGCCUUGUCUGUUUUGGUCUUCUUGUUGUUGGCAAUUUUGCUCCUCUUUACAUUGUAUAGAAGACUGAUGCCCUCUGAGACUAUGGAAGAUUGGGAGAUUGACUGUCCUCACAGGUUCCGGUACAAGGAUCUUCAUGCAGCAACCAAGGGUUUUAAAGACUCUAAUGUGAUUGGAGCUGGCGGAUUUGGUGAAGUUUACAAGGGUAUUUUGCCUUCUACUGGAUGUCAAAUUGCAGUUAAGAAGAUAACAAGAAAUGGAAUCCAAGGAAUGAGGGAGUUUGCCGCAGAAAUUGAGAGCUUGGGUCGGCUAAGGCAUAAGAACUUGGUCAAUCUGCAAGGUUGGUGUAAGAAAAAGAACGACCUCCUUAUAGUCUACGAUUACAUUCCAAAUGGAAGCCUUGAUACUCUCAUUUUCCAUCCGAAAGACAACUUUAUGUUGAGCUGGCAACAAAGAUUCAAUAUCCUUAAAGGCAUUGCCUCAGGAUUGUUGUAUCUGCAUGAAGAAUGGGAGCAAGUUGUGAUUCACAGAGAUGUCAAGUCCAGCAAUGUCUUGAUAGAUGAAGACCUGAACGCUCGGCUAAGCGACUUUGGCCUUGCAAGGCUAUAUGAUCAUGGAGAAAUAUCACGCACCACAGGUGUGGUUGGCACAAUUGGUUACAUUGCACCAGAAUUAACUCGAACAGGGAAGGCCUCAGCAGCCUCAGACGUGUUUGGAUACGGCAUCUUGCUCCUUGAAGUAGCUAGUGGGAAAAGACCAAUCGGCUCAGGCCACUCGGAUCAAUUCAUAUUGGUGGAUUGGGUGAUAGAAAACCAUCAAGCAGGUCGCAUACUCGACACUGUAGACCCAAAGUUGGGUCACUAUGUUGUAAAAGAGAUGGAGUUGGUUCUGGAGCUGGGUUUGCUUUGCUCUCACUUCAAACCAGAAGCUAGACCUACUAUGAGACAAGUAGUGCGAUAUCUCAAUGGGGAUGAGCCGCUUCCUCAUGUUGUUAACCUUAUUGAAUCGGAAAGCAUCUGUGAAAUGAACUCAAGAUUUAUGCAGGUCAUUUCUUCUGAUUCUAUCAUAUCGUAUCGAUCAUCAUCCUAUGGUGGCAUCUCCUCCAGCUCCAUGGCCUCUGGUAGAUAGCAGUUCUUAUUAUUUGUUUCUUUUCUUCGUUUUUGUAGACUACAGAAAUCAAUAUUGAAAAUUGAAACAUUUUUUA